AUGAUUGCUAACACGACUAUUACAAAAGUUCCUUCGAAUUUGUUUGAAGAAUUAAUAAAUGAAAAGCAAUUGAAUUUAUAUGAAUAUGAGCAAUUUAACAAGAUUAAAGAAAUUAGUAUAAAGGAAAAAUGCAAUAAAAUUUAUAAAGCAAUUUGGAAAUUAAACAACGUUAUUGUGACAUUAAAAGAAUUGAUGGUUGAUGUUACUUUUCAGGAAAAUAGAUCUAUUUUACAUUCUUUUAUUGACGAGCUCAAGUUACACAAAAAGUUGGAUUUUCACUCAAAUAUCUUAAAAUUUUAUGGAAUAACCAAAGAUCUUGCAAAACAAGUUACAAGUGUAACAGCUUGCUUACAUUCAGAAAACAUAAUUCAUAAAGAUCUUCAGGCUGACAGUAAUGUACUUGUUAAUAAAGGAAAAAUCAAAUUUUCUAUUUUUGGAUUAUCCUUACAAUCAACAUCAGAUAUUAAAGAUGAUAUGACAUAUAUUGGUCCACAAUGUUAUGAAAAAAAUAAUAAAAAAUCAGAUAUUUAUAAUUUAGGCUUUUUACUUUGGGAAAUAUCAAGUGCAAAAGGAACACCACAAAGUUAUAUAGAUGUUUACAAAAACUGUUGGAAUGAUGACCCAGAUAAAAGACCUGACAUUAAUGAAAUUGAAAAAUUACUAGUAACCAAAUUUCAUCAAAUUCCACAAAGUCCAACAAAAUUAAAUUCUUCAAACAAUAGUAUAGAAAGUAAUAAAAAAAUUAUAGCAGAUACUGACUCAACAUUUUUUGAAAAUUUAUUAAAGUUCUUUAUAGAAUUAUUAGAAUUAUCGGGUGAUAAUAACUAUAUAAUAUCCAGUCUAAAGGGAUUUUUACAUAAUCACAUGAGAGAACACAAAUCAACUUUUAAAUCAUUACUAAAAAAUUAUAGUGAUGAUUCAGAUUUUAAUUUCAUAAUAGGAUUUUUCUAUGAAAAUUCUAUUGGUACAGUGCAAGACAAACAAUUGGCUUUCGAACAUUAUGAAAAAUCCGCAAAAACUGGUAAUUCCAUAGGUCAAUAUUUUUUAGGCAGGUGUUAUUAUUGGGGAUUCGGGAUAAAGGUUGAUAGAAAAAAAGCUUAUGAAUGGUUAAAAAAAUCUGCAGAUAAUAAUAAUUUUAAAGGUAAAUGGCUAUUAGGCUUAUGUUAUGAAAGAGGCUAUGGCACAACAAAAGAUUUGAAACAAGCCUUUGAAUUGUUUUUGAGUUCUGCUGAAAAUGGUAAUGUUGUUAGUCAGAUGGAACUAGGCAGAUGUUACGAAGAAGGUGUUGGCACCAAAAAAAAUAUUAAUCAGGCUAUUGAAUGCUAUCAGCAAGCCUCUAAACGUGGGAUAGCAACAUGCCCAAGAGUUAUAAGAAUAAGUCAAACUUUGUUGAAUGAAGACAGAAUUGUCUUGAAUGUUGGUGGCAUAAAGUAUGAAACAUAUCGUUCAACAUUGACAGCAUAUCCAGACACAUUGUUGGGAAUAAUGUUUGCGGAACAAAUAGAAUUACAAUAUUUUCUAAUAACACCAACAACAUUAAAUGAUAAUAAUCAAGUGUCAAUAAAUGAAUUAUCAUCUUCUUCUUCAUCUACAUCUCACUUAGCAUUAAAAGAAGCGUUGAAACAAGUAGCAGGGCUAUUUGAAAAAAAUAUAACAAUAGUAUUUUAUCAUAAUAGACAAGUACCAACUUUUAGUUUAUUAUCCACCACUCAUUCAUUAGUUAAAAAUGAAACAGCACCAUUUCAUAAUAUAAUUAAAAACAUUCUGAUACCUUAUUCAGGUGUUGGCUAUACAAUUCUAAUGAAUUUUGAGGAAGAAAUUCAAUUAUAUUUGAAAAGAGAAAUUCCUGAAUUAACCUGGUGGAUGCAAAAACCAACUGAUCUACCAAAUAGAUUUGUGUUGCAUCUCACUUUAAAUGAUAGAUUCUUAAAACAGCUUAUAAUCAAGAAUUCAUGUUUAUCAUCUAUUAAUACUAAAUAA